CGCCUGGCGCGCGCCGGUCCCCGCGCGGCGAAUGAAUUGUUCUGCAAAUGGAUGGUGCGCGCGGGAGCCCUGCGCCUCCCCCGGGAGCGGUUGAUUCAUUGAGUCCGCGGACUCUUUAAAAAAUUACUAUUGAUCCUAGAAAGACGAGGCUGAGCCAGGAGCGAGGUCCCCGCGCCCUGGACGCCGAGGCUUCGAGCUCGACGCGGGCGACGUCUGCACCGUCCUAGCCCGCUCUGCCCUUCCUGGCCCGGGCUCCCCCUCACCCCCCGACCACCGGGCAGCCGGGAGAAAGGGGUCGCACGCCCGGGUCACUCCCACUGCCCGCCCGAGCCGGACACCUGCGGGCCCAGCCUGGCUCUCACUCCCCUCCCCGAGUCCUGCCCUGGCCCGGACCCCGGCGACGCUGGCAUCUCCUGCCCCGCCUGUUCUCCCGUGUGGCAUCUUUGAGGGUGGUGUUCUCGGGGGAGCAGCUAGACACAUCACUGUGCUGCUGCUUCUCAGGGAUCCGGGCGUUCUUUACCAUUGUCUCCCCUUCUAUUCCGUACCGGAGGCCUUCGCAUUGAGCUACAUCUCCAAUACUGUUUUAUUUUGAGACAGGAACUUAGUAAAUUGCCCAAAUUGGCCUUGAAGUUGUAAUCCUCCUGCUUCAGCUUUUCAGAGUGCUGACUUUACAGGCAUAUGGCACCAGAAUAUUCGAGCAAAAAAGAAUUUAUAGAGAGCGGACCAGAGGAACAGGGGCAUGGGUGGACUCUAGGCCCCUUUGGGUUUAAUCUGGACAUUGCUGGUUCCUGCAGGUACCCCAUCCUUGCCCCCUGGGAAGGCACGCUAGGCUGUGGUGAGUCAGGGCAGAGGAGGCCAGGUACCUGCCUUAGAUUUCAUCCUGUCCUGGUGGUGAGACUAGGAAGAGGGGAACUUGCCAGUGGCACAAGGACCAAGCAGGUUCUGACACAGAAGUGAUGCCCUCUAAGUGUGCCGUUGGAAUUUCCGGGGGCUUUGGGGAUGCGUGGCUUUUGGGGGCCAGGAAGGAGUAGGACACAAGGUCUUGCCCUUCCUUGGUCCUUGCGUUCAGCUGCUGUGCCUGCAAAGGCUGCUGGUGUUCUCCCAGUCAUUUCACUUUUGAGUGGUUGUCAGGAAGUGACUCCAGGGAGGAUGCUAAAGAAAAAGUGGGGAGAAACUGGAAGAAUCCUUCCUCCUGGGUCGAGCCUGCGGCUGGGUGUGGUGCUGAGAGGGGGGCUGUGGACGGUUGUGUGCUCUGCAUUGGUAGCAGCGGCUGCAGCCCAUUUAGCCUUAAUGGUAUCUUAAACCUGCGGGCUGCAGGCAGGAAGGAGGGAUGCCUGCGUGGGGGCUGCGUCCGCCCUGAAAGCAGGCUCUGUGCUUCCCAUCUGUCAGGCUAGGGAGGUGGACAGUUUAGGGUGAGGGACUGUGUUACUCAGGGGCUGGCUGUAAUUCAGUGGCAUUCUCUGAUUAGUUCGUUCAUUGUCUGAGCUGACUUUGGCCGAGAACCCUGAGUUCAGAGAUCUCCUUGAGAGAGGUGUUGGCAUAGGGAUUCGAGACCCUCAUGUGAGCGGGCAGAGAGCACCAGGGAUACAGGUGGCGAUGGGAGCUGAGGAAACACAGAGAAGGGCACAGGUCCUGCACCAUGUCGGUCAGCGUCCAUGAGACCCGCAAGUCGCGGAGCAGCACGGGCUCCAUGAACAUCACCCUCUUCCACAAGGCCUCGCACCCGGACUCUGUGCUGGCCCAGCUCAACACAUUGCGCAAGCAGCGCAUGUUCACCGAUGUCACGCUCUGGGCCGGGGACCGCGCCUUCCCCUGCCACCGUGCCGUGCUGGCUGCCUCCAGUCGCUACUUCGAGGCCAUGUUCAGUCACGGCCUGCGGGAGAGCCGGGAUGACACGGUCAACUUUCAGGACAACCUGCACCCCGAGGUGCUGGAGCUGCUGCUGGACUUUGCCUACUCCUCCCGCAUCGCCAUCAACGAGGAGAAUGCCGAGUCGCUGCUGGAGGCCAGUGACAUGCUGCAGUUCCACGAUGUGCGGGACGCAGCUGCCGAGUUCCUGGAGAAGAACCUGAGUGCAUCCAACUGCCUGGGCAUGAUGCUGCUGUCGGACGCUCACCAGUGUCGCCGGUUGCACCAGUUCUCCUGGCGCAUGUGCCUGGAGCACUUUGAGACGGUGCGGCAGAGCGAGGACUUCAACAGCUUGUCCAAGGACACGCUGCUGGCCCUCAUCUCCAGCGAUGAGCUGGAGACCGAGGACGAGCGGGCUGUCUUCGAGGCUGUCCUGCAGUGGGUAAAGCACGACCUUGAGGGGCGCAGGGCCCACCUGCCCUUGCUCCUGCGCGGCGUGCGACUGGCCCUGUUGCCAUCUGACUGCUUGAAGGAGGUGGUGUCCAGGGAGGCCCUCCUCACCGCCGAUGAGUGCACCCGGCUCAUUGUCGAUGAAGCCCUGCGCUGCAAGGCCAGGAUCCUGCAGAAUGAUGGUGUGGUCACCAGCCUCUGUGCUCGGCCCCGCAAGGCCGGCCACACGCUGCUCAUCCUGGGCGGCCAGACCUUCAUGUGUGACAAGAUCUACCAGGUGGACCGAAAGGCCAAGGAGAUCAUCCCCAAGGCAGACCUGCCCAGUCCCCGGAAGGAGUUCAGCGCCUCAGCCAUCGGCUGCAAGGUCUAUGUGACGGGGGGCAGGGGCUCUGAGAACGGGGUGUCCAAGGAUGUCUGGGUAUACGACACAGGCCAUGAGGAGUGGUCCAAGGCGGCACCCAUGCUGAUCGCCCGCUUUGGGCAUGGCUCUGCCGAGCUGGAGAACUGUCUCUACGUGGUGGGAGGCCACACGUCCCUGGCAGGCGUCUUCCCGGCCUCCCCCUCCAUCUCUCUGAAGCAGGUGGAGAAAUACGACCCCGGGGCAAACAAGUGGACCAUGGUGGCCCCCCUGAGGGAUGGUGUCAGCAAUGCCGCCGUGGUGAGCGCCAAGCUGAAGCUCUUCGUUUUUGGCGGAACCAGUAUCCACCGAGACAUGGCAUCCAAAGUCCAGUGCUAUGACCCCGCUGAGAACUGGUGGACCAUCAUGGCCGAGUGCCCCCAGCCUUGGCGGUACACAGCCGCCGCAGCCCUGGGCAGCCAGAUCUUCAUCAUGGGGGGUGACACGGAGUUCACAGCCGCUUCCGCCUACCGCUUCGACUGUGAGACCAGUCAGUGGACUCGGAUUGGGGACAUGACUGCCAAGCGCAUGUCCUGCCACGCGCUGGCUUCGGGCAACAAACUCUACGUGGUGGGGGGGUACUUUGGGACCCAGAGGUGUAAGACCCUGGACUGCUAUGACCCCACCUCAGACACGUGGAACUGCAUCACCACCGUGCCCUACUCGCUCAUCCCCACGGCCUUCGUCAGCACCUGGAAGCACCUGCCGGCGUGAGGACACCUGCAGAGCCAGCCAGCCGCUGCAUCUCUCCCAGGCCCUCGGCCCGCGCUGACCCAGAGCGUCUGGCUCUGCCUGCCCGGUGGAAGCUCGGCCACCCUGUGACCUCGCCAGCGCUCAAGCCGACUGCUCCAGCUCUGGUGGUGGAUGCCUCAGCUGUCCUGCGCUUUAGACAAGAGGAGCAAAGCUGUGUCCCUCAUCCUGUGCCGGGGUGCCUCUCCAGCUUCACGUGUUGUGCACAGGGCAAGGCUGAGAGGGCCGUGGGCCGCCAGCAGAAGUGGGUUCCGGGCCUCAGGGAGGAACGUGUGCAGAGCCUGAGGUUGCCUGGGUCCUCCAGCACGGGACCAGGGCUGGGGGCAGAGCAGAGGGGUCUGGGUAGGCUAGGCGCAGGAGGGGGGCAUGACUUGGCCCUGGCAUACAGUCUCUGACUCAGGGCUCCCCUGUGGGAGGUCACCUGACAGUCAGGGUCUGGGCCUCAGGGAAGGAAGCAGCAUCUAUCAGACUGAGUACCAAAGGUCAUUGAGGAGAAAACAGGACAGAUUUGGGGGCAACUACACGAAUUAUUAGCCAAUGUACCCAGAGCCCCAAGCCACAGAGCAGGUCUGGAUGCCCAAAGCCCAGCCCAACCUGUAGAGGACCAAGUUCUAGGGUGCUGCAUCAGGUGGGCUGAUGUCCUGCACAGGGACGUGGGCUGGGGCCAGUUGACAGAACUGAACCUCUGGGGAGCGCUCAGAGCCCACCCUGUGGGGCAGUGAUGACCUUGUCUCCUAAGAGCAUCACACUUCGAGCAGCACUGGGGCUCCAUCCUGGAAGACCACACCACGCUCCAGGACAGGGCAGCUCUGAGCUGGGACAGAGGGGCCUUGGAUGGAGUUGUCCUAGAGAGGGGGACAGAGGACAGUGCCCGAAGUCCUCCCUGCUGCCCUGGCCUUUAGCUGGUAGCACUGGCUCCUGCUUUGCUUUGUUUCCAGAGCUCAAAAAGUAAUAGAAGUCCCAAAAGGGUGUCCAAGCAUUUGCCCAUCGCCAUCUCCUCUGGCAUCUUGGGCUUCCUUGUUGAGGUGACCCCAGCAUCCAGGUCACCUUGUGCAUUCACCUGUCAGUCGGUACCUCAUACCUGGGGAGAAGCCCCAGCUCACCCCUCAUUCUUCCUGCCCUCUGAGGGGCUUCUGGGUCCCCUGAAGUGGGUGGAGCUGCCUGCUGGCCCAGCACCAGGGCUGUGGCCUGGGCUGCACUGUUUUACUAGAGAUCCGGGCCCACAGUAUGAACCAGUGACUUCCUUAGCCACCGCUGUCCCUACCCUGGGUUGCUGCUGAUUGCACCAGCCUUGUGGGUGUCUGGUGGGGAGAAGAGAGGCCGGUCCUGGGCCUGGGCCUGCUGAAGGAGCACUGCUGCUGUCACCGCCACCGUGUCCCCGUCAGAGGCUGCCGAGAUGCUGCAGCCCGCAGGAGGCGGCCGCUGCAUGGAUGCUCAGUUGGGAUGAGCACACUUGGCACAACACGAAGGCCUGGCUCUGGUGCUUUCCCCAAGCUGUGCGGCUCUUAGCAGGUUUUCUAAUUUAAUAAAAAGAGUUGAGCAAA